GAAGGAGAAGCCCGAUGUCCUUGGAGAGGAGGGAAAAUAGUUACAAUGGAGAAAGGGAAUUAAAAAAAAAAAUCUUUGAGGAAGGAAGCAGCAAAUGUUAAAUGGAGCCCUGUGUUGUGUAAACGAACUGAUGGAUGAAGAUGAGAAGGACAGGGCAAAGAGGGCAUCACGCAACAAAUCUGAAAAGAAGAGGAGAGACCAGUUCAAUGUCCUCAUUAAAGAGCUUUGCACGAUGCUGCAGGGCCAUGGCCACCCUCUCAAGAUGGACAAGUCCACAAUACUGCAGAGGACCAUCGACUUCCUACAGAAGCAGAAAGAAAUCACAGCACAGACAGAAGCCUGUGAGAUUAGACAAGACUGGAAGCCUUCAUUUCUUAGCAACGAGGAGUUCACCCAGUUGAUGUUAGAGGCACUGGAUGGCUUUCUCAUUGCUCUUACCACUGAUGGGAUUAUUAUUUAUGUAUCUGAUAGUGUUUCGUCUCUGCUCGGACACUUACCGUCAGAUUUGGUGGACCAAAAUAUAUUAAACUUUCUGCCUGAGCGGGAACAGAGUGAAGUGUACAAGCUCCUUUCUCCACAUGUGCUCAUGACAGAUCCUGUUGCAGCUGAUUUUCUAAAUGCAGAAAAACAAAUAGAGUUUUGCUGCCAUUUAGCAAGAGGCAGUUUAGAUCCAAAUGAACCCCUGAUGUAUGAAUAUGUGAAAUUUGUAGUGGAUUUUAAAUAUUUUACUCAUGUGCCUACACCCUCCUGUAAUGGCUUUGAGUCAGCUAUUGCACGAGCUUUCAGGUCAGCCACGGAGGAGCAGAUUUGCCUCGUAGCGACUGUUCGUCUUGUCACACCGCAGUUCUUAAAGGAGCUCUGCAACGUUGAAGAGCCAUGUGAAGAAUUCACGUCGAGGCAUAGUUUAGAAUGGAAGUUUUUAUUCUUGGACCACAGGGCUCCACCUAUUAUAGGAUACUUACCCUUUGAGGUUCUGGGAACGUCAGGGUAUGAUUACUACCACGCAGAUGACCUGGAGCUUCUUGCUAGGUGCCAUGAACACUUGAUGCAGUUUGGAAAAGGAAAGUCCUGUUACUAUCGAUUCCUGACCAAAGGCCAGCAGUGGAUAUGGCUGCAGACACACUACUACAUCACCUACCACCAGUGGAAUUCCAAGCCCGAGUUCAUCGUUUGCACUCACCUGGUAGUUAGUUAUGCAGAAGUUCGGGCUGAGAGAAGGCGAGAUCUUGGCCUUGAAGAGUCAUCAAUUGAACUGGCAUCCUCUUCUCUAAAGAGCCACAGCAGCUACCUGGACGUGGGGCAGUGCGGCAGCAGCCAGGAUGCCAGCCGGGAGGGAGUGUCCCUGUCAUCCCACAGCUCCCGGCGCUCCUCGCACACCGCCCUCUCCGACUCCACGUCCACGUCAUCCAUGCGGCGCACGGACACCAGCACUCCCACCCGGCCGUCAGUGCCCGGGGGUCAGGCAGAGAAGGCAGCCCUGCGGCUGGCAUCAGUCGGAAGCACUCAGGCCAUAGCCACUCCUCAAGCCCCUGGUGAACACCUCCCUCAGCACCCUGUGGCUCAGCUGGCAGUCCCCUCCCAGCACCCUGUGAUGCCCGUGUACCACUUCCCAACCCAGCUGGGGAUGAUGCAUCAGCUGAAAGAGCAGCUGGAGGAGAGGACUCGCAUACUGCAAGCUGACAUCAAGACUCAGCAAGAAGAACUCCACGUCAUCAAGGAGCAGCUCCAGUUAGUGCAGGACUCCAACCUGCAGAUGCUGAUGCAGCAGCCAAUCCCCGUGGUCUUUAACAACGUGCAGCACCCGAGCCCCAGGAGGCCACCGCCCCAGGGGACACCCAGGCAGAGCACAGCCAAGAAGUCACAACAACCAGGCCUCAUGGGGACGAAGCACUACUGCAGCAGCCACCUGCCCUCACCGCGCCAGUUCCUCAGGGACCCCCACAGCACGGCCACCCAGGUCACUGUACAGCAGCAGCAGCAGCACCUAAUGAGAGGAAGCCAAGGCCAGCAAGCGUGUCUGCCAGGGCAGGCAAGCAUUUCAGUGCCCCUCUACAACAACCCCAUGGUGUUCUCACAAACACACCCCAUUGCAGUGGCUGCACAGAUGCCACCUGACAGCAGCGAGAGGCAACCACAGUCUGAGUACAGCCAGGACAGGAGCCUCAGGAUGCUGUUGGAUCAAUCCAUCCAAGCCAUGAUGCCUGCAGCCAACAGCAGUGGCCAGGCUGUACAGAGCAGUGCCAGCAGGCAGCAAGGAAAAUUCGUUGUGGAGCAGCAGACCCUGCCUCCCCCAGCACAGGUACAGCCAGUCACCUGUAGCACCGUCCGACCUCCAGCCCCAUCGCCCAUUUUCUCCCCAUCUCUGAUGAUCCCACACACCAGCUUCACAUCCCACCAGGCCAACACGCCGGUUCAUCUCCACCAGUGGCCACAGCAACAGGCUGCACAGCACCGUCUCUACCUUCAGAUGCAAGGUCCUGAGCUGGUGCCCGGGGGUCCAACGCAGCGCAUCUUCCAGCCACCCCACGCUCCACAGCAGAACCCCCUGAGCUACUUCCUCCACCCACAGCAGCAGAGCCACCACGCACAGGGCCAGCCCUGCAACCUGCCUGACCUGCCCGAGAUGCAGCUGCCCUGAAUGUUGGCUCUGGGAGGCAGGGACCACGUGGCUGCAGCUGCUCAGCACCCCGGGCGCACGCAGGGGAGAGCGCGGUGCCGUCAGAGCACGGGACAGGUGAGGUCGGGCUCUGUGGGAAGGUGGUGGCUGGAGGAACAGUCCCCAGUGGGGAUGGAUGGCUCCAGGAGCACCCUAUCCGUUGGGAUUUCCAUGCAGCCAGUCCAUAAUACUGCUCUGGCAGCUGUUUGUGCCCUGGCCUAGCACCGUGGUGCAACUGGAGGCAGUGGCUUUCUGGCUGCAGGGAGGUCAGUUAUCAGGUCGCCUUGAAGCUUGGUUUGCAAUGGAGAAAACCCUUUUCCAUUCAGGACUUCAGUGCUGAAAGUCACUGUGAAUUUAAGCCCAGCAUUUGAAGCACAUAGACAGACUGUACUGGUCCACAGGACGCCGUUGGAUUACCGUGUACAUAACUCGUUUUGCUGUAGUAGGUCCAUUGUGGAUUUUUUGUCCCCUUUUUUCUAUACCUCAGUCCCACAGUUUUUUGUUUUCCAGGAGAUUGGAUAAUGCUGCUAAUUUACAUAACACCACUUUUGCCUGAAUUUCUUACUGUUAUACCAGCUCACAUCGCAGCUAGUACAAUAUUUGUCAUGUUUUAUUUUUGGUUAACAAGUGCAUAGAAAUUUAUAGGGUUUUUACUCCCUGUAGCCAAAUAUUUUUCAGGUUACAGACAAAGAAUCCUUACUCCUUCUAUUUCUGUUUUUUUUUGUUUCAUUUAGAGUGACGUAGUUGUGUAUGUUUCUAUACAUAAAAACAAACAAACAUGCAUAGACUGGCAUAUGACAGCAAACUUUCUGGUUUUGCUAGGUCAUGUUUCAAUUUGGCACACCCAAAAUGUAUGAUCACAACACAGGCGAUGUUACAAGCCCAUAGGGUCAGCAAUAAAUUGUAUUUUUGUAAAUUGUCACUUUUUAACUAUAAGUUUAUAUUUAUGAAUUGAAAAACAAGUUUAUUCCUCAGUGGGUGUAUAGUUAAGUGUCCCUACUGUUUGUGUCUUUCCAAAGGAAAAAUGAAAAUGUACAUUUUUGAGGCAUUAGUAGCUGAGUACUACCUAUGGGCACUGUUAGAGGCCAAAAGCAGGAGAUGGGUUAGGCCAUUACUUUGCAAAAUAAUGAUUAGUUAGGACCAAGUCCAUCUAGCAGUAAAGGUCCACCUGACAGUCAGAGCAAAGUUUAGGGAGGGGUUAGUUUGAAAUGUCAAAACCAAGCAAACCGUGCUUUUUUUUUUUUUGCCUUUUUUUUGGCAUUUGUUUCCUUUUUUAUCUUGUGCAAGCUGCUUGCUUGGCUCUUUGUAGCACUGCAGCAGGUGGACACUGUUACUGGUGUUACUGGUGGAGCAGCCUUUGGCACAAGCAGCCCUGUGUUUCAAGAAAAAGGGGAAAGUGGGAACGUGUCAAAGCAAUAGCUACAGCUAAUGGUACCUUGAGCUCUCCAAUGCCAUAAGCACAGAUCUGUUAUAGCUCUAUCUAUGUAAUUGUAGCUGUAGCUGUAUGUCUAUAGCUGGCUCACUUGCCCCCAGAAGCCACGCAUUUUCUGUGCUGCAGCACUGGGAGGAUUUUGUUAACUUUGGGCCCAGGCUGAGCUUGGGGGGCAGAAGAACAGGACUGUUUCAACGUGGGUGAACAAGGCUGUGGCAGCCAGAGUCUCCUGGAGAACUCAGGAGUGAAACAGAAGUGUGACAGCUCUGCCUCAGACAGGAUUUUGGCUGCAGCCUCCCUGCUGCCUGGUGGGGUCCAGCAGGGCUCCCCCAGCCCCUGUACACCAGAGGCUGUUCCCCAGCAAUUUUUCUCGGGAAGGGAAUGUGUUUCUUCUGUGCCACAUUGCCUGGGGUGAUGAUGGUGGGAGGACAGGCUGCUGGAGCAGGGGCCAGCCAGGAGCUUUCAGGGGGCCGAUGCAAGGCACUAACCAGGGUUGUGCCUUGUCAGCUCAGUCCCUGGCUGGGCCCCAGCCCAGCCAGAACAUGCAGCCCUGGACAAUGGGCAGCAGAGCAGCUGCCCUCAGACACAGCCUGAACCAGCCCCUUCAUUUCAAACCACAACAACAAAUUCUGGCUACAGCAGAGCCACGAGCCAGAGCCACGGCACUGCUGGUAGUGGGAUGUGGAGCACCUGCCUUUGCAGAACAACCUGGAGCUGAAAUAAUAACACGUCAUCCCUUGGCUCUUAGAGCCCAAGCCCUGGAGAGAGCAGGGGGGAUUUCCUGCCCUGGCAUUUGUGCUGCAACAAGGGCCAGCACAGAGCCCUUGGGGUAGAUAACUUUAUUUUUUUUUUCAAAGCACUAUGACUUUUAGAGUCUCCCUCUCCUCAAGACAGCGGGAUUGCUCAUGAGGCUGUGGCAGGAGGGCGUUGUAUUUUUGGGAGUUGUUUGGGGGUUUUUCCCACCAUAACCUUGGAACGUAAUGUCAGAGGGGAGGCAAACAUACACGUGUGUUAGGGGUCCACCACUGUACAGUUAGUGGCUCAGGGUGGCUUGCAAGAGGGAAAGGUCGAGCAUCUUCCUGGCUUGCCCAUUAAACCUGCAUCAUCCCAGUCCACCACCAUGGCUGGUGUGCAGUG